AUGCGUGCUGCUUCCUUCCUCGUCCUCGCCGCCGCGGCCGUCCCUUCGCUCGCGACCAUCUACAUCACCGCGCCCGUCGCUGCUACCUCGUGGGCUGCUGGGACCCAGCAGACCAUUCAGUGGAAUGACGACGGCACCAACCCUGCCCUCGCUUCCUGGGGCUCUGCCAGCGUUGGCAUCUACGUCGGCUCCUCCUCGUCGCAGGUCCUCCUUCAGUCGAUCACCCCCAGCGUCGAUGUCGCGACCACCAGCUCGAUUGUCUUCACCCCCGAUGCCUCCAUGGGCUCCAACGGCCAGUACUACUUUGUCCGCUUCGACUCGCUCAACCUCACGUCGACCACCAACGCCCCUUACAUGCAGCAGUCGUUCUCGUCGAAGUUUACCCUUACCGGUAUGACUGGCACGUUCAACAGCACCGUCGGUGCGCUGGUUUCCAGCGCCGGCUCCGCAGGCAUCGGCUCGACCACCGGUGCCGCCGGCGCCUCCACCGCCGCUUCUGCGUCGACGACUGGUUCCAAGAUCGCGACCUCGACCAAGUCGUCGUCGUCGUCGUCGGCAUCCGCGGCUGCCGCCGGUAAGAAUGGUGCGAUGUCGUCGCUCCCUAUUUCUGCGCUCUCGGUUGCGGCCGGCGUCGCCGCGACCGUCUUCUCGGCGAUGCUCCUCUAA